AUGCCGACUCCAUCCAUGGACCCAACCGCGGAGGGAAUGCCCAGCGGUGGCGUCCCCCUCCUCCUACUCCUCAUCAUCGCCGGUGCCAUCGCCGUCUUCCUUCUGCCGAGGCGACGCCGCACGGACGGGAGCGGCAGCGCGCCCAGCCCGCCAUCCCUCCCGCUGCUCGGCCACCUCCACCUUCUCAAGAAGCCGCUGCACCGCUCGCUGGCCGCGCUCGCCGGGGCCCCAUCGCCGAGCGCGGCGCCGCUCCUCUCACUCCGUCUCGGCUUCCGCCGGGCGCUGCUCGUGUCGGCGCACGCGGCCGCCGAGGAGUGCUUCACGGCGCACGACGCCGUGCUGGCGGGGAGGCCGCAGCUGCUCGCGGCGGAGCACCUCGGGUACGGGCGCACCACCGUCGUGUGGGCCUCCCACGGGGACCACUGGCGCGGCCUGCGCCGGUUCCUCGCCGUCGAGCUCUUCUCGUCCUCCCGCCUCGCCGCGCUCGCCGCCGACCGCCGCGCCGAGGUCGCGUCCCUCGUCGAGAACCUGCUCCAUGACGCCGUUGGUGGCGGUUGGGUCACCCUCCGGCCCAGGCUCUUCGAGCUCGUGCUCAACGUGAUGCUGCGCGCGAUCACCGCGCGCCGGCACGCCGGCGGCGAUGUGCGCAGGUUCCAGGAGAUCGUCGAGGAGACGUUCGCGGUGAGCGGCGCGCCCAGCCUCGGGGACUUCUUUCCCGCUUUGCGGUGGGUCGACCGCCUCCGCGGCGUCGUGGCGGCACUUGCAAGCCUGCAGACAAAGCGCGACGAGUUCGUCACUGGCCUCAUCGUCAACCACCAGCGAAUGCGCAGCGCCGGUGGCCAAGACGUGGAGAAGAAGGGCGUAAUCGACGUGCUCAUGGAGCAUCAGCAAACAGAUCCCGACUACUACACGGACACUGUCGUCAAAGGCAUCCUCUUGGUACUGCUCACCGCCGGCACCGACACAUCGGCGCUGACCACCGAGUGGGCGAUGGCGCAGCUGCUGACGCACCCGGAGGCGAUGCGGAAGGCGAGGGCCGAGAUAGACGCCAUUGUCGGCACGGGCCGGCUGGUGGAGGAGUCGGACAUCACCAACCUCCCGUACCUGCAAUGUGUUGUCAAGGAGACCCUUCGGCUCCGCCCCGUCGGCCCGGUCAUCCCGGCGCACGAGGCAAUGGAGGACUGCACGGUGGUCGGCUAUCGCGUCCGGCGCGGCACGAUGAUCCUCGUGAACGCGUGGGCGAUCCACAGGGACGCCAAUAUCUGGGAUGCGCCGGAGGAGUUCAGGCCGGAGCGGUUCAUGGACAGAGACACGGUCACCGCGCCCAUGCUGCCGUUCGGGCUUGGCCGGAGGCGGUGCCCUGGCGAGGGCCUGGCGAUGCGCCUUGUCCCUCUGACACUGGCAGCACUACUGCAAUGCUUCGAGUGGGAUAUUGGUGAAGGCGGCACCGUCGACAUGGCGGAAGGUGCUGGGCUGACAAUGCCAAUGGCGACGCCGUUGGCGGCUGUCUGCCGGCCCCGCGAGUUCGUCAAGAGCGUGCUCUCUGCUUCCACUUGAUGGAGUAAACCCAGGUUUCUGAAGAAAAGGAAGAACAAACUGGUUCACAAAUGUUUGGCAGUGGUGCAAACAUGCUAGUGUUGUUGUGGAAAAGAAUACUUGCAACAAAAUUCCAUUAGAUGGUCGU